AAAAAUUUAAAAUCAAAUCAAAUAAAAAUAUUCUAUUUAAUCAAUUGGUCCCCAAAGCGAUUGAAUUCUGUGUGUUUUGACCUUUGUAUAAAUCGGAGCAAGCAGGAGAAAUCUUCCGAUGGAUAUACUGAAACAGGAACUGGAAAAACGCCGGAAAAAUCUAGCGGAAGACAUCGGUGGCCGGAAAAUUUUCAAGCGAUUGGAGAUCGAACAGAAGCGGCUCCAGAGAAUUCGCGAAGAGGAAAAAGCUGAAGCCGAAGCGAAAGCCGCCCGUCAAAAACACUCACAACAUCAACAGAAGUCAUCUACCGAUGAUGAAUCCUUAUCAUCAAAAUUAAAUUCCAAAACCGAUGUACAAUUGCUUAAACAGGAUUCAUCAUCGGUUUCAAAAGUACUUACUGACGAACAAGAAAUCGACGGAUUAAAUUUACCGAGACAAGAAGUUAUUCGUCGUCUUAGGUUUUUGAAAAAACCGGUGACCUUAUUUGGCGAAGAUGAUGAUGCGAGGCUUGAUCGUUUGAAGUUUGUGUUGAAAGCUGGUUUGUUUGAAGUUGAUGAUAGUGAUAUGACUGAAGGACAAACGAAUGAUUUUUUGAGAGAUAUUGUUGAAUUGAAGAAACGGCAGAAGUCGGGGAUGAUGAGUGAUAGGAAGCGGAAAGUGAUGGAGGAUUCGGGUGAGGAUAAAGAUGGAGGAGGUGGUGAUGAAGAUUUGAGUGGAGAUGGAAACUCCUCGGGAGUUGAUCAUGAUAAGGAUUUGAAGAGAAUGAAGACGAAUUUCGGGGAGUUGUGUGAUGAGGAUAAGAUAUUGGUGUUUUUUAAGAAGUUGUUGAAUGAGUGGAAUCAGGAGCUUGACGAGAUGACGGAGUCCGAAAAGCGGACAGCUAAGGGGAAAUCGAUGGUUGCUACUUUUAAGCAGUGUGCUAGGUACUUGCAUCCGUUGUUCAAGUUUUGCAGGAAAAAGGUACUUCCUGAUGACAUUAGGCAAGCACUACUAGUGGUUGUUGAAUGCUGUAUGAAGAGGGACUAUCUAGCUGCGAUGGAUCAGUACAUUAAGAUGGCAAUUGGUAAUGCACCUUGGCCUAUUGGUGUUACUAUGGUUGGUAUUCACGAACGGUCAGCUCGUGAGAAGAUCUACACAAACAGUGUUGCUCAUAUCAUGAAUGAUGAGACAACUAGGAAGUAUCUGCAGUCAGUAAAAAGAUUGAUGACAUUCUGCCAACGACGUUAUCCAGCAAUGCCAUCCAAAGCCGUGGAGUUCAAUAGCCUUGCAAAUGGCAGUGACUUGCAGUCACUGCUUGCAGAGGAGGGGACUUCUGAGGGAUCUCAAACCUCGGAGGAAAGGCUUCGAAUAAUGCCUGCAUAAGGGAUAAUCUUGCAGGCAUCUAUAUAUUGAUUUGCCUUUAGUACUGUUUUUUUCCCGCGUAUGUUGAUUCCCCAUGAUGUAACUGAAUUGUUUUCCCUGAGUCGAUGCUGCCCUGCAGAGCCUUAGAGCCUUGCACAAGGGGGGAAAAUUGGAUGCCCUGGUUUGUAACUUCUGGAAUUGGAUCGUAUGUAGAGAAAACUCACCUUUAGUUCUGUGAUGAGUUAUCCUGACCUUAUUCUAAUGCUAAGCUAAUUCAUGUUACGGUGACCA